ACAGCAGCAUCAUGUGAAAGCCUCUUCUGCUGCCAGCAGGCUCCAGAGGCAGGGAGAAGAGCAAGAGGCACUUGAACAAAUGCCAGUACAUCCAAAGCUAGAGGCCAAGCAGUGCAAAGCACCCCUUCAGCACCCAGAGUGGAGCCUCUUCUCAGUUGUUAUAUACAAAGCCACUGUUAGCGACUGUCCCCUGCACCAAACAACUCCUGCCAACAAUGUGGCCUGUGGACCUGAGCCAGGAUAAGGGCAGAAAGCAUCUGGCAGAUCAUGAGGGCAGAACCAUUGCCAAAUGCUCAGGGAUCUGGGGAAGUAUCUUUAACACCUCAGCAUCUGUCAGCUUCCACUCUGCAGAGCAAUGGCACCAAACAGCCUUUGAGGGGGUUUUCAGCAACAGCAACCAGUCUGCCUGCAGCUGCUCUAAGGGAUGCUACUUGCUCCCUCCAUCAAGGAUAGCUGCUUCUCCUCUUCCAGAAGCAAAAACUUCCCCUGGCAGCCAGCAGGAAGGACUGUUCAGCUACCAUUUCCAUGAUUAGGCACUGUGUGUCAUGGUGGGAUGCUUCCUAAUUUUCCUCUCAAAAAUGAGGGUGCUGAUCUGGUUCAUCAAAACUUGCUGCUAGUUGGUGUCUGCAACACACAGAAGACAGCAGCAAAGGUUGGACCUGAACAGCUGUACUUGCAACUGUGCAAGAUCUGCCAGUGUUUUUUGGUUUAAUGCCAAUUGCUUUACGUGCUCCAAACACGUCUUGUGGGAGCUGGAUGCUUACCUGAUAGUUUUUCAGUGUGUAACUGUAGCUGAAGAAAGCAUCCUUGGUUGAAGAAAAGCAUAACUGAAAAUACCUGAAUGGUAAACAUGCAGAAAGAAAUCCCUUUUAACGAUGGGAUGUGAACCCAGAAUGACCACAGCUGGAAAUCCACCACAUUGCACACCACUCUGCAGCAAACCUUACUGGGUCUGAGGGCAUGUGGGAGUAAGCCAGCAGAGCAGUGAAUGCAGCCACCAGAAGCAGCAGCUUGCAAAUCAGUUUCCAGACUGCUUCUCAGUCUUCUGGGAACCACCAGGGUACCCCUAGGAAGUCUUCUGGGACUUUUAGUGUACCUGCUGCUGCUGGGGAAGGAUAGCUGCCAGGCAUUUUACUUCUUAGCAAGUGCUAAAGUCCUUCUGUCAGCUCUUUGUGAUCAAAGGGAGCUCUGAGCUUUUGCCUCCUAAUUAGGGACUGUCACACACCCUUUCAGCUGGUGCCAGAAGAGAUCUGUGUAGCUGCAGGGCAGAGACCACAGCUCCUAGGAGCCAGCAGAUGCCACAGCUUGUGUGGAGAGCAGCUGGAAACUAUGCAGGUGACACCACAGGACAUAGCAUCCAGCACAGCAGAUACCCAGGUGCAGUCUGAGCUGCAUAAGGAGAAUGCAAUUCUCCAGUCUCAGGCUGCAGGCUCUCACUCAAGCUAGGACCAAAGGAAAUGGUGACCUGCUAUGUCCUGGUUGAAAGACUCUGCUGACAGGAUAAGCUGCUACACGAGGACAUCAGUGCACUGCACAGCAGCUGGGAUGAUGAAAAUGACGAGGACAGAUAACAACAACCUGCAGAAAGAGAAGCCUCAACCACAGAGUAUCCACAAACAGCACCCAGAAUCUGCUCACUGGGGUAGCAAACACCGUGAUGCUGAAAGCUGGAAGGCUCUCAGCUCGGGCAGUAGGAUGGAGCUCUUCCUGCACCCCCAGAUGUGUGCCUACAAAGCAAGAUUAGUGCUGUAUGGGAACUGCUGAAUCAUGGCCUGAACCUCUGAUUGAUCACCUGAGGCAAGCAAUGAGUCAGCCCUGGGAGAGCAGCUGUGGGUAAUUCACCUGUGCUGCUGGAAGGGGUGGAGCUUGGCUCCAUCUCUCCUAGAUCCAUUAAGAGCUGACUACCAUUAGGGGAGGAUCUCUUUCUGGAGAUCCCUCUUAUUUGGAGUUUUUCAGCAAACCCAGAACAAGGGUAAGCCCUUUAUCUGUUCUUUCUAGUGUAAUAACCUGCUUAGUCAAACUCUCCCAUGUAUUUCUUAAUACUUGUAUAUUCAUUGAUUAUACAAGUGCCCCACAGCAAGUAAAGGGCUGGGAUUCCUGUGAAACCAAGUGCCAGACAAGCAUGACCCACUACAGCACCAGAGAGACGAGGCCGCACCGCGACGUGCUGAGCAGCGGGGAGAUCCGCGUCGUGCCCCUGUCGGAGCUGCGGUGCUCGCGAGUUGGGCCAAAGCUUUUGCAGUACGUUGUGAAAGUCAUUGCACAGACCGUGCAGUUACUGUACACGAUGCUGAGGAUGGAUCCGCCCUCCUAUGUUCUCCUCCAGAAUCCUCCUGGUUUGCCCAGUAUAGCUGUUGCCUGGGUUGCCUGUCUUUUCUGGAGAAGCAAGCUGAUAAUCGAUUGGCACAAUUAUGGAUACACUAUCAUGAGUCUGAAUCAUGGAAGGAAUCACCCACUAGUGCUCAUUGCAAAAUGGUACGAGAAGCUUUUUGGGCGUUUGUCUGACUGUAACCUGUGUGUCACUGAUGCCAUGAAGGAAGAUCUGUGGGUGAACUGCAACAUCAAGGCCGUAACGCUGUAUGACAGGCCAGCUUCUUAUUUUAAGGAAACACCAUUAGAACUUCAGCACCAGUUGUACAUGAAACUUGCCAAAGACUAUGAAGCCUUUAAACCACAGCAUGUUGCAGAGUCUGUCAGUUGGAGUGCUGAGAGGUCUGCCUUUACAGAAAGGGAUGAGAAGAGUGGGGAUGUGAUGAAAAGCAGAGGACGGCCAGCUCUUCUCAUCAGCAGCACCAGCUGGACAGAGGAUGAAGACUUUUCAGUCCUUCUGAAGGCAUUGGAAGAUUAUGAGCAGUAUAUCAAUGAGGGAGUCAAGCUUCCAGCUUUAGUGUGUGUGAUAACAGGCAAAGGACCCCUAAAAGAGUACUACAAUGGGCUGAUAAAGAAACUGCACUUCAAACAUAUCCAGAUCUGUACGCCGUGGCUGGAAGCUGAGGAUUACCCAGUUUUACUUGGGUCAGCAGACUUGGGUGUGUGUCUCCAUAAAUCAUCUAGUGGAUUGGAUUUGCCUAUGAAGGUGGUAGACAUGUUUGGCUGUUGCUUACCUGUGUGUGCAAUAUAUUUUGAAUGUUUACCUGAACUUGUGAAACACAAUGAAAACGGGCUGAUAUUCAGGGAUUCAGAUGAGCUUGCAGAACAGCUGAAGAUGCUUUUCUUGGAAUUUCCCUCGCUGGAAGGCAAACUGCAUGAGUUCAGGAAAAACCUUCGUGCAUCCAAGCAGCUGAGCUGGGAUGAGAGUUGGGACCAGACUGUUCUUCCUUUACUUACCCAGACUGAAUGACUUUUGGGGGGGAUGCUGUGUCAAAAAAGCUACCACACGUAUGCACCUCCAGGACUGCCUUAAGUGCUGAAUAAACACUUGGUCUUGUU